UGAACGGAAUAGACUUGUUUCCACGUUUUCCAAAAUCACUACUCGUUAUUUCUCGAUUAUAAAAAACUCUCGAAACGUACAAUCAUGUCGAUCCCAAUUGUUCUUGGAUUAUUAAUUUUGUGCCUUGCUGAUAUUGGUGCAAUUACCAACGAGAUGAAACAAAUGGCUCAAGUGUUGCACGACGCCUGUGUCGAAGAAACGGGUGUACAAGAGAGGCUUAUCGAAGAAUGCAGAAAAGGUGUAUUUUCGGAGGAUUCUAAUCUUAAGUGCUACAUAAAGUGCCUGAUGACGAAAGUACCUCUGAUGACCGAGGACGGUGACAUCGACGAGGAUUUCAUCAUCAAAGUGAUGCCUGCCGAGUUCAAGGAGAUCGCUAUUCCGGUAGUUCGCGCUUGCGGAACAGUCAAGGGAGCGGACCAUUGCGAGACAGCAUUUCUGACCAACAAAUGUUGGCAUUCUAAAUCACCUGAACACUAUUAUUUGGUGUAAAUCGAAGCAGUUUGCUGAUAACACUGCGGAAGGAGGCACUCGCUUAUCCUCGUCGGGGAAUCGAAUAAAUAUUCAUUGCUGUUGUUUGCUGCAACGUUUCGUCAAGGAUAAAAACGCAAUGAUCGAAAACGUGGAAAAGAGCGAGGGGGGAAAAAAAAAAAAUAAUAAAAAGCAUAAUUUUUAAGAAUAGAAAAAA